ACUCUCACGACGACGAGGGACGAAGGAAACUGUGAGUAAAUACCUCUUGAUUAGAGUUUUCGAAGAGCCGCGCUACCUCAAAUACAUGUCGAUCGUUUAUCUGCACUAGCUACCCGUUUUCGUCCUUAAGAACAACAUGCAAUCCUUUUCGGAAGACGAGCUGAGGGAGCUCGACGGCGAAAGCGGUCUGCAGAUCGCCAUAGCCUUCCUUGGAACAGUGUAUGCUAUGUAUGAAAUAAGAGGAGGUCUCUAGGAUCGAUUUACUACGACCAUGGUGUGAAAAUAGGUCCGUACCACCGUAUCUAUGAUGUAGUAGUAGUCGGAUGCAUUGUCACAGGAGAUGGAGUAUGAUCUAUCUUGAGAAAAACAACCCCAUCUUCAAACUCAAAACGUGACGUAAAUUUACACUCCUACGACCUCUACUUUCAUACUCCACGUCUCCUCGCGACAAGACCUAUAUGGCUUUGGGGGUGGAUAUCACCGCUUCGCAGGCCGUGUGGUCACACGGUCGUUUGCGAAAACAGCUCUGGAUGAGGAGCAUAUUGGGCGAAGCGAUUUAGCAGAUCUUGGUGUGGAGAAUUUCGUCGCCUUACGAGAAUGGGAAGCCAGGUUCCAGACCAAAUACAGGAUUCUUGGCCAACUAGAGGAGUCGCAUCCGGACGUUCGUAGCCCUGAAGAGUUGGAGAGGCUGGAGAGGGAACAUGGUAUUUCUAGAACGUUGCAGGGGAGGAAUAACAAUACUAGAGGAGAUGAACGAGAACGAGGGGAGCAGAGCGUACUAAAUCCAAACAUCAACGAGGCUGCAGAUGAAAACGACCAGAAUUGUGGUCCCAGUAUAUUAAUUGGAACACCCGCUAGUCCUAGUUAUCAAGAGAACAACUCAUCUGCAUCUACAACGGCAAGAAGAGCUAGUAGAAUCCUAAGUCUCGAAAGCCCCUCAGCUUUUGUUCUAGAAAAUUUUCUCAGCGCUGAGGAAUGUCGAGCGUUGCAAUCUGUGAUGUUGAAGAGCUACGAAGGCAAGACGUUUAGUACCAAGCUGCGAUUGGGCUUGGCCCCAGAUGGCUUUCCAGAGGGGUCUGAAACUUAAGAAGACUGGUGCAGUGUAACUAGAAGGUUGUCACAAUGUAUACUGCUAUAGUCUCGUUUAUUUGUAGUGUGUUCGCUCAAGAAGUUGGUAGUUGUAAAAGUGGGUCGGAACAGCAAUAAGUCGUAAAUUCACUUUUAUUGCUGUUCCGCCCCACUUUUACAACUACCAAGAGGAACAGCAACAUUCAACUGUAUUUUUACGAUCUGCUUCUUCUCUAAUAGAUUCGCGCCCUGCUACAAACCAUCGAAGAUCGAUUAGGUGCAUUACUCGCUUGUCCUCCGCAUGAAGGUGAGAAUCCCUUGAUGGCUAUGCUGACGACGCCGUCCAAAGGAGGCGCUGAGAACUACCCCAAACAGCCUGAACUGCACAUUGGCGUUCACCUAGACGUGAAUCGAAGGAAGUAUCGUUUCGCUACUGGCAUCAUUUACCUGUCAGAUGUCGCGGAAGGUGGUGAAACGGUGUUUAUCAAAAAGGGUGAGGAGACCAAAUUGCUGCACGACUCUGGGGUAUUGCACACAGACUUAAUACCAGAGGAAGACGAAGAAGUACAGAACUCACAAAGUGCUAGACCUACGAAAUUUCCUGUACGGUUGCCACCUGAAAAUGAGCAAACCUCUUCAGCGACGAGUAUUGGAACAAGCACAUCAACCUCUCUUCUCCUCGACGCCACAACUCCACCACUGCUGUCAGACGAACAAUACCUCGAGAAGUGGAGACCACUGCAGAAGGCAAAACGGGCUGUGUUGCGUGAUCCCAAUCUGGUAGAAUUCAAGGUUGCCCCUAAAGCAGGAUCUCUUCUAGUGUUUUUCACAAGGAAACCAGAUUUAUCAAUCUGCACAGCGAGCUAUCAUGGAGGUGCAGCUGUGCGGAAAGGGUUCAAAUUUACUUUGCAGAAGUUCAAAGAGCUUCCAAGGACCACAGAGGAAGACGUAUUCAAUGUAGCAAAUGAAUGGAAGAGGAUUAUUGAAAGAGCGUUGGAAAAUUGUGGAAGGGAAUGUAGGAGUGCUGAAAGAAUUUAAUUUUCUGAGACAACUCCGCUUUUGUAUGUGCGGUAUUUGGGC